CACACACCUGUCAGAGCAGGACAGGGGCGGCCCGGCCCCAAGAGGCAGGUUCUGUGCUUAAACACGGCUGAGAGUACAGCCGGCCUGGACCUCCCCGCAGGAGCAUGGGCUCAGGGCAUCUGUGCAGGGACCCAUGGGGAGAACAGAGCCAGUGAGAUGCUCACUGCCCGGGUUGAAAGGAAUCACAUCUGAAAUAUGGACCUGUGAAAAUCAAUGUGAAUUAUUUGUAAAAAUCUCUGAGAUCCUAAGGAGGCAAUGAGAAAAUCUUCUAAAAUGUUAUUUCACAAGUUUUUCUUUUUUACAUCAGAAACAACUGAAUUGCAAGCAAAAGAACAAAGCUGUUUCAAAACAAACAUCUUAGAACUCAAAAGACAAAGACAAUGAAUUCACUUGAACUUAGGAAUCUUGCAGAAGUACAGUUUUGCUUUCCAUCAGUCAAUAAUUCAUGUCUUAGAAAGGAGAGGCCCAUGCCAAUUGUCUACGCCAUGUACGUCUUCAUAAUCUGUUCUAUAGUGAUGACCAUGCUGGGCAACAUGGCUGUGAUCAUUUCCAUCGCCCACUUCAAGCAGCUUUACUCCCCAACCAACUUCCUCACUCUCUCCAUGGCCACCACUGACUUGCUGGUAAGCUGUGUGGUCAUGCCCUUCAGUAUGGUCAGGUCCAUCGAUUCCUGCUGGUACUUCGGAGACCUCUUCUGCAAAGUGCACAGCUGCUGCGACAUCAUGCUCUGCACCACGUCUAUUUUUCACCUCUGCUUCAUCUCCAUUGACCGCUACUAUGCUGUUUGUGACCCUCUGCACUAUGUCACCAAAAUCACUAUGCCUGUCAUAGAGUUCUUUCUGCUCAUCAGUUGGAGCGGUCCCAUGUUUUUUGCCUUUGGCCUGGUCUUCUCGGGAUUAAAUGUAGUAGGUACAGAAGAUUUUAUUGCAGCUAUUGACUGUACAGAUUUGUGUGUGUUGAUAUUUAACAAGCUCUGGGGGGUGCUGGCCUCCCUUAUAGCUUUCUUUAUUCCUGGGACAGUCAUGGUGGGGAUUUACAUACACAUUUUCACAGUAGCCAGGAAGCAUGCCAAGCAAAUUGGCACAGGUCCUAGGACAAAACAGGCUGACUCAGAAACCAGAAUGAAGGUGACAUCCAAAACAGAAAGCAAGGCCACCAAGACUCUAAGCAUAGUCAUGGGAGUGUUUGUGGUGUGCUGGCUGCCAUUCUUCAGCUUGACAAUAAUAGACCCUUUCAUUGAUUUUACAACCCCUGAAGAUUUAUACAAUGUCUUCCUCUGGUUGGGUUAUCUCAAUUCUACUUUCAAUCCCAUUAUUUAUGGCAUGUUUUAUCCUUGGUUUCGCAAAGCACUGAGAAUUAUUGUUACAGGAAAGAUCUUCAGGCCUGAUUCUUCCACCCUAAACUUGUUUCCUGCCCCUCAGUAA